AUGGAGUAUAUACAAAUUUUACUACAUCAAUACUCAUCAAAAUUUUUAACUAAAGAUCAAACUUCAAUUUAGUCAUGGAUUUGUUAACAUCAUCGAUCAUCCUAGCAUCCAUUGCAUGGAUAUGCAUACUGAUUUCCCGGGCCCGGAAAUCAUCCAAACUCCCUCCGGGCCCGUACAGGCUACCCAUCAUCGGCAACAUCCUCCAUCUCGGGCCCAAACCCCACCGCUCCCUCGCCAAACUCUCCCAAAAAUACGGGCCCGUGAUGUCGCUGAAGCUGGGCAGCAUCACAACCGUAGUUUUCUCCUCACCAGAAACCGCAAAGCUCGUGCUUCAAACACACGACUCCUCCUUCUCCAGCCGAAUCACCCCGGUGGCAUCGAAAGCCCACCGCCACGAUGAGUUCUCCGUGGGGUGGCUGCCCGCCGGAAGCCAGUGGAGGAAGCUGCGGAAGAUAUGCAAAGAGCAGAUGUUUUCGGCUCCGCGGCUUGACGGCAGCGAGGAUCUGAGGAGAGAGCAGCUGCAGAAGCUGCGCGACUUCGUGGCGGAGCGCUGCGAUCGCGGCACCGCCGUGGAUGUAGGAAAGGCCGCUUUCACGACGUCGCUGAAUCUGUUGUCGGCGUCGCUGUUCUCGCUGGAGUUCGCGCGGUUCGAUUCGGAAUUGUCGCAGGAGAUGAAGGAGCUUAUCUCGAGCACCGUGAAAUCCGUCUCCAGGCCCAAUUUAGCCGAUUAUUUUCCGGUGCUGAAACCAGUGGAUCCGCAAGGGAUUUUUAAGGAAACGGAGCUUAAUGUUGGAAAGCUGUUGUUGAAAUUGGAUGAGAUAAUAGACGAGAAACUGAAAUCGGGGGGCGAGAAACGCGAUUUGAUGGAAGCGCUUCUUGAGAUCAACCGACGAGAUGAAGCUCAGCUUAGCCGAGACGACAUAAGACAUCUCCUUCUGGAUCUACUUGUAGCAGGAACUGAUUCGACUUCAGGAACAAUGGAAUGGGCGAUGACAGAACUGAUACGCAACCCUCAAAAAAUGGCCAAGCUCAGAAACGAAAUAAGGAGCUUCAUGUCUGAAAAUGGGAAGCAACAAGUUCAAGAAUCAGACAUCUCAUCGCUGCCAUAUCUUCAAGCAGUGGUGAAAGAAACCUUAAGGCUAUACCCCACCACCCCUUUCCUACUACCUCGUAAAGCCAGCUCCGAUGUGGAAAUAAACGGCUACAUCGUACCAAAAAAUGCCCAGAUUUUCGUCAAUGUGUGGGCGAGUGGGAGGGAUUCCAAAAUCUGGAAGAAUCCAGAUGAGUUCUUGCCGGAGAGAUUCUUGAACGAGAGUGACAACGUAGAUUUUAAGGGCAGAUAUUUUGAGCUGAUUCCAUUUGGCUCGGGAAGAAGAAUGUGCCUCGGAUUGCCGUUGGCGGAUCGAAUGGUGCAUCAGAUGUUGGUGACAUUUGUGGGAAAUUAUGAGUGGAAACUUGAAAAUAUGAAGCCAGAAGAAAUGGACAUGAAUGAGAUUUUCGGAGUUAUUCUUGAAAAGGCGAUACCUCUCAAAGCAAUUCCCAUCAAAGUGUGAGUAUAUGAGUCGAAAAAUAUAGAAUAUAAAAGUAUAGUAUAAUAAGUGCAUAUUUCAUUAUAUGAUCUAGAAAACUCUAUCUAUGUUACUUUUGGUGUUGUUGUUUAUUGUUAUUGUUAUUUUUGUUUUAUAAUAAAUAAGUAUAUUAAAAUAAUAUUUAUUU